UUGAAAUCUUCGGAAAUCUCAAUAAAUUAUUUUUACAGACAGUCUAAACCCUUCAACGAUGCUCAUUGUACAGGUAAACAAAUAUACUGUGAAAACCUAGAAAAUUUGACUUUUCAGAAAAGCCGCCGGACGAUUCGACUCACUGGACAUUUCGACCAAAUAAAGGAGGAUUUUUGAAAGUCAGUUUUUUGAAAUAUAAUUUUUAUCCGAAACUCGAGAAAAAAUUUAUGACGGGAAAAAUGUGUGACCACUGAUAACUUGCCAGUCACCGAAGAUUUUCAAUGAGACAUAUUUUCUACAGUUUUUCACGCAGAGAAAUAUCUCGUUUUUAGUUUUUGGUGCGCAACUCUCUGAAGAGCACAAAAAUAAGCCCAAAAUCGAGAAUUUUCUGAAAAACGCGUUUUCUAGGGUCCAUGACUCAUGUCAACGAAAAUUUUAUCAAAAACUAAGCAUAUGACAAUGUUCAGUACGGUCGAUUCACCAAAGUCAAAAUUAUUGACAGAAUUUUCCAAAAAUUUUCGAAAUGGAUCAGCCUAUUUUCUAACAAGGGAAGUGAUUUAGGCUCUGAAAUUAACUUUUGAUGAAACGUAGUGAAAUAUAGUAUUUGUGCUGAACACGAUCCCGAAGUCAAAUAUUGCUAUAACGAACUCUGAGCCAUUUUUGGAGCUCCAAACUUUUCAUUUUUUGCACACUCUCCGACCUUUUUUGGUGUUUGUCUGGCGGUUAAAUUACACCAAGCUCCAAAAGAUGGCUCAGAGUGCGUUAUAGCAAUUUUCGACUUCGGGAUCGUUUUCAGCAUGGUCGAAUUACUAUAUUUCACUAUGUUUCAUCAGAAGUUAAUUUCAGAACCCUUUUUACUUCCCUUGUAAGCUACAAAUUAAAAAAACAUAGAUUUACUUAUCGAAAAAUUGCGACUUGGAUAAGUCGACCCUCCUGAACAACGUCAUUAUUCAGUGUCGAUAAAAUAUUUUUGACAUGAGGACUGCGUUUUCUUAAAUUUAAAAACUGCGUUUUCUUAAAUUUAUCCAACUUUUUGCACUUUUUGUCACACCUCGGCCAAUCUGUGGCUGGCCGGAGUACACUUUUGAAAAAUUUUGAAUUGCAGUUUUCAGAGGUCAAAAAUUGACGAAUUCAGAGUUUUUAGAGGUCAAACACUGAAAAAUUCACAGUUUUCAUACUGUAAAAAGUUCACGUACAAUUUCUUAUUUUGAAAACCAUGAUUUUGGCCGAGGUGUGAUUUUUGUUGAGCAGCAAAAACUGAAAACUUGAUCUUUGUGAGGUACUUAAUUGACACAUGAGCUCAUCCCUGAAGGAUACUUUCGGCAUCCUUAAAGGACCCUUUUUCCAACUGCGUUUGUAAUCGAUAUAAAUUGGCGACGUGGCAACUACAAAUUGACACGUUUCAAUUGUCAUUCCGAAAAUUCGAAAGGUGUUUAUUGUCUACAGAAUGACGAUGAGAAAAUCGUAUCGGGACUCCGCGACAAUACCAUCAAAAUAUGGGAUCGAAAAGACUAUUUGUGUCGAAUGACGUUGACCGGACAUACGGGAAGUGUUUUGUGUUUGCAGUAAGAUAAUCGGGUCAUUAUUUUGGGUAUGUUGGGAUUUUAGGGGAAAUUUGAAUUUUUGAAAAGAUUUGGAGCUUUUGGAGACCAAACUUAUGUGGUUUUCAUGGAAAAUUGAAUUUUGGGAGAGAUUUGAAGCUUUUUGAGACCAAGUUCGGCUGAUUUUGAUGAAAAUGGGUAUUGCUCAUGUUAAUUUUUUUGACACCAGAUUUGACCUAUUUUCAAUAAAAAUUCAGCAUUGCUUAUGUUAUUUUUUGAAUUUUUCAUGAAAUUUGGAGCUUUUCGACACAUACAUUGAUAUAUUCGGAUGAAAAUUUGAGCAUUGCUCAUGUUAGUUUUGGAAUUUACUCUAUUUCAAUGAAAAUUGAGCAUUACUCAUGUUAAUUUCUCCAUUUUUUUCAACUCCAAAAAUAAUCGAUUUUGGUGUCGAAAUACUCGAAAUUUCAAUAUAACGGCAAUAAUUAACAUGAUCAAUGCUCAAAAAAAUUUUAAGUGGCAAAAUUUCACCCCAAAUUUUAUCCAGGUUCAUCAGACGCCACAGUACGUGUUUGGGACGUGGAAACCGGUGAUUGUCUCAAAACUCUGAUUCAUCAUUGUGAAGCUGUUCUUCAUUUGAGAUUCAGCAAUGGAACUAUGGUCACUUGGUGGGUUUUUCGGGGGAUUUCAACGAUUCUCGAGGGCUCCAUGGGAUUUCUGAGAUCCUAGCGAGAAUUUUGAGCACAAACAGGGUAUAUUUUGGUGCUUCUCAGAACCUAGAAAAUCUUAAAAAUCACCGAAAUCCCAAUUUUUGGGCUCAAAAUGCUUCAUUUUUAUUGAACCUUAUGAAAAUUCACAAUUCGAGCUCAAAAUAAUCCAUAGAGCUUCAGGAACCUGAUUUUAAUAUAGGUUAAGCUCUAAACUUCCACCAGCUUUUAAAUUACCCAGAAAAUUGUGAGAUUCAUCAAAACUUAUCAUGUUUGGGCUCGAAAUGCUUCAUUUUCACUGAAAAACUCAAAAAUCACUAUUUAUAGCUUAAAAUUUGAUUUUGAAUUCCAAGAACUUAAUUUCACCCUAGAAAACUUCGAAGUGCUGUAAAAUUUUUCACAGCUUUUCAUAUUUGGAUUCAAAAUCUUCCAUUUUCACUGAAUCUUCUGAAAAUCCCGAUUUCCAGCUCAAAAGAUCGAUCAAUAGCCGUCUGGGACAUGGUCUCGGCACGAGAAAUCAAUAUUCGCCGAGUUUUGGCCGGACAUCGAGCCGCUGUAAAUGUUGUCGAUUUCGAUGAUCGCUAUAUUGUCAGUGCCAGCGGAGAUCGAACAAUCAAAGUUUGGUCGAUGGACACGCUGGAAUUUUUGCAAACUUUGUCCGGACAUCGAAGAGGAGUCGCUUGUUUACAAUAUCGUGGAAGAUUGGUUGUUAGUGGAAGUAGUGAUAAUACUAUUAGGUGAGUUUUUUGGGAAAUUUGCCAAAUUUUGACAUAAAAUUCAAUGAUUUUGGCCAAAAAUAACCCUAGAGUUGAUUUUCCUGAUUUUUAUGAGAUUCCUGGAAGAAUUUCAGGAAUUUUGACACCCAAUUUAGUAUAUUUCGCACAAAUUAUCAUUUUUGAGCUCUUUCGAGCUCUAAUUCUUAACCUUUUUGAAACUUUGGCUUUUUUGGGAUUCCUGAGAGAAUUUUAGGAAUAUUGAUAUAGAAUUUGAUAUAUGGCUCGAAAAUAAGGAUUUUUGAGCUCUGUGAAGCACUGAUUCUUGAUUUUCCCUGAAAGUUUGGAUUUUUUGAGGUUCCUGAGAGAAUUUCACGAAUUUUGAGAUGGAUUUUGAAUUACGGCUAAAAAUUGUGAUUUUUGGGAUAUUUUGAGCUCUAAUUCUUGAUUUUUCCAAAAAUUUUGGAUUUUUUGAGGUUCCUGAGAGAAUUUCACGAAUUUUGAGAUGGAUUUUGAAUUAUGGCUCAAAAAUUGUGAUUUUUGGGUUAUUUUGAGCUCUAAUUCUUGAUUUUUCCUAAAAAUUUGGAUUUUCGGUAGAGAUUGCUCCAAAAGCUCCCAAGAUUCUCAAAAACACAUUUUUGCUCCAGACCUAACUAAAUUUGUGCUCAAAAUGCUCCUGGAGCCUUCAGGAUUCUGAAAAUCACAUUUCUGGUCCAAAACUGUCCAAAUUUGGGCUCAAAAUGCUCUUGGAGAUGUCAGGAUUCUGAAUAUCACAUUUCUGGUCCUAAAUAUAUCAUAUUUGGGCUCAAAAUGCUCCUGGAGUCUUAAGGAUUCUGAAAAUCACAUUUUCGAACAGAAACGAACUGAAUUUGGGCUCUAUUUGCUCCUGGAGCUGUCAAGAUUCUGAAAAUCUCAAUUUUUUUCUAAAUUCAGUCGAAUUUAGGCUCAAAAUGCUCCGAAAGCCUUCAGGAUUCUGAAAAUCACAUUUUUUUCAAAUUUAGUCGAAUUUGGGCUCAAAAUGCUCCCCAAAACCCUCUAUUUUUUGCAGACUUUGGGAUAUCCAUUCUGGAGUAUGUUUACCAGUUCUCGAAGGUCACGAAGAAUUGGUCCGAUGCAUCCGCUUUGAUGAUAAACGCAUCGUUUCCGGAGCCUACGACCGAAAAAUCAAAGUUUGGGAUUUGAAAGCGGCGCUGGAUCCGCGAAGUAUGCCCGGCGAUAUUUGUCUUUCGUCACUCAUGCAACACACUGGCAGAGUAUUCCGAUUGCAAUUUGAUGAUUUUCAAAUAGUUUCGAGCUCACAUGAUGAUACCAAUUUGAUUUGGGACUUUUUGGAUGCGCCGAUUGAAGGAACACCACCGACUGGUGUGAGUUUUCCAGAUUUUUAGCUCCAUUUUGAGCUCAAACAUGACUAGAUUUGAAAAAUCUGAUUUCUAGCUGAAAUUUCAGAUUUAUAGCUCCAUUUUGAGCCCAAAUAUGACUAAACUUCGAAAAAAUCUGAUUCCUAGCUGAAAUUUCAGAUUUUGAGCUCGAUUUUAAGCCCAAACAUGGCUUUACUUCAAACUAUCGAUUUUGAGCUAAAAAGUCGGAUUUUCAGCUUCAUUUUGAGCCUGAGCAUAUCUAGAUUUGAAAAGUUUGUAGAACAUGCUAUGGUGCCCAUGAAUUGUAAAACAAAUAUAAACAACUUUUUUUUCGGAUUUUCAAAAUCUAACGAUUUGAGCCAGGAUCAAAUCGUUAGAUUUUAAAAAUAGAAGGUCACGUUUUUAGUCACAAAUAAUAUUUUUUUUGUUUUCAAAAUAUAACGAUUUGGGUUGGGAUCAAAUCGUUAGAUUCUGAAAAUAAAUACAACGUUUCUAAUUCAAAUAAAAUAAACUGAAAUAUUUGCCUAUUUUUAAUCAAAAGUACAAUAACAUUUAUCGAUUGAAUAUUUUCAUUGAUUUUCAAAUUUAAAGCUAAUGAUUUGGACAGAUAUUUGAUUUUUCCGUCAAAACCGGCAACUUUUCAAAUUUAACCUAGAACUUUUCAAAUUUAACCUAGAUUAUAUCUAGAUUUGAAAAAUCUGAUUUUUUGCAUUAUUUUGAGCAUAAGAAGAAUCAUUUUUGGUUUCGAGCUGAAAUUUUAGAGUUCUAGCUCCAUUUUGAGCCCAAACAUGCCUCAAACAUGCCUGAAAAUUCGGAAGUUUUGCUUUAUAUUGCGCUCAAACAUCUCUAAAUUUGGAAAAAAUCAGAUUUUAGCUCUAUUUCGAACCCAAAAAUGGAAAGUCUCUUGAAAUUUGCUCUUCUUUUGAGCCUAAACAUGACUAUGAUAUUUUUUCCGCAAUCUUCCGCGCGGAAUCGGCUAAAGCGAAAAGUCAUUAUUUUUUCAGAAUGCCCGAAUCAAUCAAGUCCGUCACCUGCAACAACAACAACAGCAACAAAACGGCGGCGGAGACGCGGACAACGUGAAUCCGGUGGCAAACAUGCGCUUCCUUCAAGAAAUUUUGGGUGAAGCGGCAGCCGCUGCAGCUCCGCAAGCCGCCGCACCGCAAGCCGCCGACAACGACGAGGAGAGCAGCUCGAAUGCGGAAGAGAAAGACGAUGAGGGACGAUUGCCGGGAGCGGUGUUCCGCGCUGCCGCCGCAAGACCGCGACGUCGACCACAAGCUGUUCCGCGAGAAGCCGCGAAUAAUCCGCCUGUGGUGAGAAAUAUAAAUCCAUAUGUGGUAAGAGUUUUUUUUUGGGCGCGAUUUUUGAAUUUUCAAAUUUUUUUGAUAUCAAAAAACGUGAAAAUAUGAGACUUUCAGCAUUUUUUAGCUGAAAAUCCCGCAUUUUCAGCCAAAAUCUGAAAUUUUCAGCCUGACAAUCAUUUAAAUCUCAUAUCCUCUCUCUCUCUGUCUCGAAAAUUGCGGGUUUCCCCAAAAAUUUUUAAUUUUUCCCUUUUUUCAAAAAUUCUGAAUUUAAAUGUUCUAAAUUCAAUUUUCCCGCCCUUCUGUGAUAUAUAA